CGACCACACAAUACCCCGUCGACAGCCCAUUCAUUGUUUGACAUCGAUUACUUGUUGUUCAAAGCAAUGGCCACUGCUUACUACUCACGACCUGCUGCGGCUAACUAUCAUUCGCCGUCGUCAUCCUCGCAUCACAAAGAGAGAGGCUACCGCUUGUGCGAUACUUGUGGUGCCGUAGAGACUCCCGCCACUGGCCGGUUCCGCUUAUGCGGCGGCUGCAUGACUACGCAAUACUGUUCACAGGAUUGCCAGAAAUCGCACUGGGCCUCGCAUAAGGCCGUCUGCCAACACACUUCUUCGCAACUGUCUGCGGCCAAGCAGCAUGCAGUGUCCGGUUACUCCGACGAGAACGUCGCCAAGUACCUCCGCAAGUUUACCUCGACCUUCACCGACCUGCUCAGCUGGGCCGGCUUCCAGGCGCUCCAGCUCAAGCGCUGCCCGGCAAAUGUUCGGCAACAAGCCUUACUGGUCGAAUUGAGUUUCCAAAACUCGUCCGACCCGAUGCGCCGAUUUGCGGUAAAAGGGACGUACGUCGUACCUAGGACGUACGUUACCGACGCGGACGCGCUGGUCGCCGCGGAUAUACAGCGCCGCGAGGACCGCUGUCGGCGCGCGGGCGGCAUAGGCUGUCUCGUCGUCAUCAUCCAAUGCGGGGGCGUCAGCCAGGUGAUGCCUGUUGAGGUUGACCCGCCGAGCAAGAUCUCGUGGGACGAGCGGGACGACUGGUCGGAUGUCCUGGCCCACUUUGUCCAUUCCGGUCGCCCCGACUUCAAGCCAGUAUCCACAACUCCUAGAGGAAUCUACUACGGAUAGGCAGCAACCUAUAAAUAUCCGCACGCUGCCUUGAUCGGCGCUGCGCGCUGGUCAUGGUAACCCGUCCAUUCUUCCGUCCGAUGUUGUACUCCACGAUAUUCGUCUUCUCCGUCUGUAUUUAUCCGCUUUCGUCGCUUUCGUGUAUCCAUCGCAUUUGUAUUUUCACGACAUCUUGACCCUUC